CAAAUAUUGUUGAAAAAUCAACAGCUGUAAUAAAGAUUAAGAGGCAAUGCGAAAUGUUUGUGGCAUAAUCAACGGAUAUCAUUCAUCAAUCAUCAUUCAUCCAUCAUUCAUCAUCAUCAUCAUCACCAUCAUUCAUCAUCGUCAUCACCAUCAUCAUCCGUCAUCAUCAUUAUCAUCAUCAUCCGUUAUCAUCAUCAUCAUCAUCCACCAUCAUCCGUCAUCACCAUCAUCAUCAAACGUCAUCAUUAUAAACAUCAUCAUCAAUAUCACCACCAGCACCAUUUACUAUCACCAUCAUUCAACAUUAUCAUCAUUUUAUCGUCAUUAUUACCAUUUCAACAGGUAUAACGAAAUUCCAUUUUUAGAAUUAUCUCAGUACCAGCAAUUCUAUGUCUUUUUUCACAGGAAAAUGAAGGCUUUCUACAUUGGUAUGUUGAAAUCUUUUGAACAUGAAACAGCAAAGUAA